AUAAGAGCGAGCCAUUAAGGCAGACACAUUUGAGGUGCGGAGCUGAAGGUGUUCACAUCUCAAGAUGGACAGAGUCUGCUGGAAGCUGAGCCUGGUCUUUCUGGUGCUGUUGGUCAGCACGUGUGUGGAGGCUUCAUUUUCAUAUCGGAUGGAAGACUUCAUCAGUGCAGUAAAGCAGGUGGAAGAUGAGGACCCUGGGUCAGAGCCGCUAGCUGUGUUGAAGCGGCUGCGUCGGGCAGCUGAGGUCAAUGACCCGUUUAUUCAGUACUUCCUUUUCAGUGAUCUUUCUGGGGUGCCUGAACUGGCUGCUAACCUUUCAGAUUACAUUAGAAAAGCUGUGCAUCACAGGGUGACAGAAGACGCCAAAGAGGAAGGGGUGGUCCUAACUCCUGAUGGUACCACUGUUGCCCUCAGACCGCUCCUCCUGGGCAUCGAGGCCGGUUUACUCGCCAAGACUCGAGGACGCGUUCGAGGUCUCUACCAACUUGCUCUGGCCAGAGAUCUGGGCCUUUCCCUCCGGCAGAGUCCAACUGUGACGCGGCGUCUGGGACCCGACGGCUGCUGGGACAACCUAAGCUCUCCUCAAGUGUUCACCCUCUCGGACAGCCCCUCCCUGCUCACCACCGCUCAAGUCAACGGAGGCAUGGACGGCGUCGUGCUGGGGCUGGAGGUUUCUGACAAAUCCAGACGUCCUCUCAAGCUCAGCAAUCUGCUGACAGAGUACUACUGCCACCAGCUGGAGGGAAAAGGACUGGACACCGCCCCACGUCUCAUCAGCCGACGCCGCAGGGAGAACUUCAAACAGUUGAGUGUCCCGCUGCUGCUGACCAGACAGGUGGUGAAAUCUGUACAGCUGCAGCAGAGUCUGACAGGACAGUCAAAUAUGGAGAGGAAGGAGAAGAAGGAGCUGAUGAGAGAGGUGAAGGAGGGGAUGAAGGAGUUUGUCCAUAUGUACAUGGAUUGCCCACCCAUCGUUACUCGGUGUAUGUGGGGUGCAAAGCCGUACAUAGGAACACCCACCAACCUCGCGCUGCCUCUCUCCUUCAUGUUCAUCCACCACACUAGCACGCCCAGCCAGCCCUGUCUGACCUUCGAGCAGUGCUCUGCAGACAUGCGCUCCAUGCAGCGUUUUCAUCAGGAGGACAGAGGCUGGGAUGACAUCGGAUACAGCUUCGUUGCGGGCUCCGACGGGAACAUCUACGAGGGCCGAGGAUGGUACUGGCAAGGAGCCCACACCCUCGGCUACAACUCUGUCGGCUACGGCGUUUCCUUCAUCGGAGACUACAGCAGCGUUCUGCCCUCUCAGCACGCCAUGGAGCUGGUGAGAGACCAGCUGGCAAGCUGCGCUGUCGGUGGCGGGCGACUCAUACCCACCUUUACCCUGAUGGGUCACAGACAAGUGGUGAACACCGCUUGCCCAGGAGAUGCUCUGUACAGUGAGAUCAAGACCUGGAAACAUUUUGGGGAGGUCCAGAAAUAAAGAGGCUGGGAUAGACCAAAACAUCACACAAUAAAUAUUAGACUUAUAUUUA